AUGUCUAUAGACUGGGACUCGGCCCCCAGUGAGGUCGUAGAGCAGGACAUGUUUAGGGCAAUUUCAAAACCAGUGUCGUUCUGUAAGUUUAACCUUUCAGUUCAUUUUUGUCUCGUUGUCUUUUAUUCAUGCGCAUAAAUAUUUACUGGUUUGGAUCUCCUUUACCACUCAGAUGUUUUGUGACUUCCAAAAGUGAUUUUUCAUCAUAGCAGUAAGUUAAUGCUUGUUUUUUGUCACAAGCUCGCUUUGACAGAGCCUUAGUUUCGUGACCCAGUCCAGUGUCAUUCGUAAGUAGUGAGUAGUCCCCGUGGGUUUCCGCAAUUGUGAGAAAAAGACCUCAAAACAACAACAAAGCAUGAAUAAAGCUUUCUGAGGCCAUUUUAAGCAUUUUGGGAGAUUGCUGGGAAAAAUGUAUCCGUUCCCAAGAGAGAAUGAUCUAGCUCAUUCUCUCUUGCUGUUCCUCAUUCCCAGCAAGACUAAUGGAAGAGUUCCAAGCCAGCAAGGUGCAACUACAACCGGCUGCAACCCUACUUACUGGGAAGUUUCCAAUGAGAAGUAUAUCCAGACAUUACUGGCCAGUUUGGGUGUGGUCAAAGGGCAAAAUUGUGCCCUUCAGUGGCGGGGGGGGGGGUGCAGCAAGGAUUAUACAAAUGGUACAUAGCAGCUACUUUUGGACAUCAAAUCCCCUCGGACACCCUAAAUUGUCCAUUUCCCAGUCACACUUUCCUUCCGAAGACAUAUUAACUUUUCCAAAUAUCCCAGCCAGCAAAAAUUUUGCCUUACAACAGAUAUUUUGAGGAACAGAUCCAUUGGCUGCCGUUGACUCAUCAUGAUAUCGCCGACAGCAGUUUAUCCUUCAUUAUUCCAAUGAAGACUGAUAGGCCGGAAAAGGGCAGUUUCAAAAUAAGAAAACGGAUGGAGAAAGAAACAUAGUUAAGGAGCUGGUCACACCCACAGACCCUAAAUUAGAGUUCAGUAGACCGUAAAAAAAAUGUUUACUGCUCAGAGGCUUUCAUUUGAAUGGUCGGCACACUUCAGGGUAAAUUCUCACCCGCAGAACCUUAAGUAGAAAAACUUAAGUGUGUUCCAGUCUCCGAAAUAGUGGGGAAAGCGGAACGAAAAGUUCCUUGAAAACCGCGUGGGAGCUGGGAAGAGACGGAGUCUUCUCUCUUUCCGCCGUUUUUCGCUCGUUCGCUAUUUUCACUGCUCGCCCUGUUUUUUCGCUCUUCUGCACUGACCAAGAGCCUGUUACUGGCUAGAAACACGUUGCACAGGUACAGCCAUAGAAAAGAACCGCUGAUAGCUUUCAUUUGAAUGGUCACAGCGUAUGAUGUCACGCACAGAUUCGAAAGUGAGAACCACAUUUUACAGCGUAAUAAACAGUACCACAACAAAUUAGAGCGUUUCUGGUCAAAUAUGCAUGAUAACAUUGGGGAGACACUAUUAUAUAGUGAAGCUGUGUGUCAAAAUAUAGUUCUGUAGCGAUUAAUUAGCAAUCUAAACAAAAUGGCUUAAAUCCACGAUCUCUUUAGGCUGCGUGCGUGUUGGAAGUGGUGUGCUAACGAAUGCAACAACUCGCAACAAUGUUGGGACCUGCAGUGCAUAGUGGGAAGCAUACAACCCACCAGUCUUUGUCAACCAUGCGUAAUGAGCGUGCGUGGCCCCAACAAUGUUGGAAGAGCUGUGCAAACGGAUCCAACAUUGUUGCGCUACGCUUCGGCGAUCACGGAACAAAAGAAAUGUUGGGAGUUGUCGUUGAAAAGUUUGACCGGUUUCAAACUUUGCGCAACAACACGCAACAACAUCCAACAACAUGCAAUAGGGUGUGCAAACGGACGCUACAUGUAACAUCCAACAAUGUUGGGAGUUGCUGGCCAACAAUGUUGCGUCCGUUUGCACGGGGCUUUAUGUUCACUGCAUUGUAUCGUCGUUACACUUAAGAAAUUACGAAUAUUUUAAUAACUUGAACAAAAUAGACCGGGAAAUGAAAUUAAAUCUUACAUUUACAGCUUUUUUGGAUGACGAAGAAGAGGAAAGCGAGGAUGAUGUUGGCUUUGGUGUUUAUGGAGCGUUUAAGAAAUUCGCAGGAAAAGUCACAAAUAAGGCACUACAAAGAGAAGAAUCACCCAAAUACAGUCCUACCUCUCCUUCUUUGGAAAUUGAAGAGACUACGCUCUCGCUAUCCAACAAAGAACUGGAGCGAUCUAGAAGCAAAGGUAUUGUUACAUCUCCAUGUCGGUAUAAAUGUGUAGAAACCCCUCCCCUUCCCUCGCUCCCUUCUCCUUCAGCCCGUGGUCAAAAUGUGAAAUUUUGAUAUCUUUGAUAAUCAGCAUCAGUUUCCCUAAUCGAUUGAAGACUGAAAUUUCAGGAAAAGGGGGCUUAGUCACACUGGAUGAAUUCUUACCAUCUUUCAACAAAUCAGUCUUGCUCACUGCGCUUCAAAGGGUAUGCAUUGAGGCAGAAGGAAGAGUAUGGGAUUCAAAGUUAGGGUUACGUUAGUCGUAAGUACUAGCGACGCCACCAAAACCAGUGAUGGCGUCCCGAAUUGUCGGCUGUUUUCUCAGGCCAACUAGUAAGUGUUCCGAUAAUUUUGGCAAAAGUCGUAUUUAUUCAAUAAUUUGAUAGAGAAAGUGAUAUUUAGAGUAAUAAGAGAGAGCAAACUGAAAAAAAGGUGAAUAAGAUGUUUUUAUACAGAGUGGGGUUUGGUUGUCAAUGGCCAAUUACAUCAAAAUUCCAUUCAGCUUAAGCAGGCCUUGCCUUGUUUUUAAUAGACCCUUGUAUGUUUUUUUUUUAUUUUUGACGUGGACAAGUUAGGGAAAAUCUGUAGACACCACCGGAAAGAACGCCUGAAAAUUAGUAACAUUGCCAAGUUUGAAAACUAAAAGACGUAGCAUCUCAAACUCGGAGCGAUAUGUUCGCAAAAUUUUAUAGACGCUAGAGGCUGAGGGUACAAUCUUGCGCCCACCACCACCAUACAAACGUCUGUAACUUUUUGCAACUUUGCAGAGCUUUAUCAUCGCUCCCUUAAGACGUAUCACUUCCAAUUUUGGCAGUUUUACUGUUUUUAAUUUUUAAUUUUAAUUUUUCCAUUGGUGUAACGGAUUUUUCCUAACUGGUACAUGUCAAAAGGUCAAAAAACCAAUAAAGGGUCUAUUGCUUCACUUUCUCAUUUUCCAUUCCUCUAUUUAACAAUAUCAUUAUCAUGUAUUUAUAUUAUGUAAAAAGAAUGUUACCUAAUGACCUCAUAGACCUCAUAGAAUAAACGGCUGAUAGCACGCGUACUAUUCCACAGCAUUGUUAAGGAACUGAAUGAAGAACAACGUAAAGUCGAUUAUGGUAGUGGUAAAUCUAAUUGAACACGCUCUCGUGCGGUUGUUUCUACAUUUUUUUGAAUGCUUUCAAAAUUGAAUGAGCCUUGCUGAAUGCCAGCCAAAAUGUCUGCAAUCAAAAAUAAUCCACAAUUUUCUGAUGUAAAGUGUUCUAGGUCAUCUUGAAGAUAACGUUUCGUGUCUUGUUUUGUAUUACACAAUAUUUCAGAUCGCUUUAAACGAGCUUACUAAUCACACGCGUGUUAUCUUUUUUCUUGACAGGAGUGUCAACCAGGGGCGCUUCUGACUUGUUGGAAUCUGCAGAAUCUGUUCCCGAACCUCAAGAACAGAUUGGCCUGGGAUGGGCUUCUUCAGAUACAGCCCGCCUUGAAGCAGUGUUAGCCUCUACCCGUAGAGGAAGACCUGCGCGAAAACCUGCAUUACAGGGUUUUUCUUUUGACCAAUCAACCCAGCAAUUGCUAAAACCACCACCUCCCCCUCCCUUUCCACCUCCUCCUCCUGGCGCAAGUGUAACCACUGCACCACCCCCUGCCUAUGCACCCCCAGGAGCCGAGAUCGUUGGAGGUGGUCUCCACACAUCAGAAGCAGCGUCAGCUAUUGUCAAACCUGGAAGACCAAUAAGGCCAUCC